CAAGGUCCAAUCUGCACCCCUUGGCUAAUCGGGGUUAUUCAUACUCUGGUUCUGUGAAGUCCGUAUCGUGCUGGUCUUUUUUCUAGCCGGCAUGGUAUCAGUUUGGAUUAUAAAACAGACAACCAGAGCAUAAACAGUAGAGCCGUUCUGUAGUAGAGUUGAUCAAGUCGUUUCGAGAAUGUCAUCAUGAUCAUGUGGAGGACGUGAUAGAUCAGAAACAUGUUCAACAUCAAAAUAAAAGCUUUUGUUGAAAAAGUUUGACAGUAGAGGUAUUUCUAUACUAUAGGAAAGAUAUGGUCUGUCCAGUGUUUCUUUGUCUUCUUCUGCUAUCGGCAUCAACAACAAGCGACUUGUCGUACACGUGGACACGUGAUGUUGUAGUGGCAGCAGAGCCAAGUGAUUUUCAAAUAUGGACAGCCAUUGAUAUUUCGCUUGCUAGGAGGCGGGAGCUAAGGAGAAGAAAAGAAAUGUAUCAUUCGCACGUUCAAAAGAGGGAAGAAAAAGUCGUCUGUUACACACGGUUCAUUUGGUGUUUUCGUGACGAAGGCCCCUUUGAAUACUGGGAUACACUCCCGGAAAGCCCGGAAAUAAUCGAGACAACUUUCAACUUAUAUACGAGGCAUAACCUUCUGGAAGGUGACUCCCUUCACUAUGAUAAUAACUCGUCUUUGAAUGUCUCUCAUUUUAAUGCUAGUAAUCCGGUGAAAAUAAUAAUCCAUGGUUUUGGAGGAAGCGCCGCCAACGCUUGGGUAGGACAGAUGGUUGAAGCUAUGUUGGAGACUGCUGACGUAAACGUUAUUGUUGUGGACUGGAACAAAGGUGCGAAGCUACCCAACUACAUGCAGGCAGCAGCAAAUUCUCGUCUAGUAGGAAAAGAAAUAGCAGAGUUAAUACGAUUGAUCAACUACGAGCGAGGAACAGCGAAUGAAGACUAUCAUUUAAUUGGCUACUCGCUGGGUGCGCAUAUAGCGGGCUUCGUUGGAACAGAGAUGAAGAAUUUGAGCCGUAUAACAGGGGGCCAGUGGCAUUCUCUGUGUCAUCACAGAAGAGCUAUCGAAUAUUUCAUAGCGUCCAUGGAGCCAGGCUGUUCGUUUACUUCCGUUGCUUGUGACAACUACGAGGAGUUUGUUCGUGGAGAUUGCUUCUUGUGCUCUGACAACACGUCGUGUGGUAACAUGGGAUAUUUUACUGAUGAAUCACUACCACAAAUAAAGAUGUAUCUACUGACUCGUGCUGAUCAACCCUAUUGUGGUAUUCAAUAUAAGGUGAUGAUAAAACACACCGAAGACCAAGGGAUAACCUGGGGUGGUUUGGAGAUUACUUUGAUGGAUGAUCAGGAAUUGAGUGAAACCUUUGAUGUCACAGAACGUUAUGAGGAAAUUCAAGAUGGCGUAGAAACCCAGAGUAUCGUAGUUGCACAUCCCCUGCUUUCUAACAUAACUAAAGUAAUUAUAACGUAUCACAAGUACGUUGGAUGGAUCUACAGUGGACUGGAUGAAUGGAAAAUAAAUAAAGUUUCUGUCAGUGGUCCGUUCGGAAACAUGUUUUCGUACUGUUCCUAUGCCACAGUUUUAAGGGACAAACAAGAGAUAGUGCUUGGCCUGGAACCUGGUGAGUGUAUACUUCCAGAUACCUGAUUGAAAAUCGGAAGGAACAUAGCCAAGCCUUCUAUCAGCGGACAUUUCACCACGAGCGGUAGGAGAAAAAAAAAACAUCCUUGCGAUCAUUGAACUACAAUGGAACUACAUUAUUACGUAAAGUUCAUAUUAAACUAAGAAUAUUUAUUGGAUGUUUUCACAUUACUUAUCUGAACAUUGUAAGAGUAUGAUACAUCGAUAGCAGCAUCGCCGCUAAGUCUAGUUUCACGUGUUCUUGUCACUGACGUUACAUGAUAAGUGUUAAGUACUGGAGAAAGGGGGAGCGUUGAAAAAGUGUAUUGAUAAUUCAUAAUGUGAAAUGCUUAUCAUUAUUACUGUAUACUGAUGGUUAAUCGUAUUUUACAAGUACUAUGACCCCUUGCUGAUCUUGGAACUACUGACUUCAUCGUCGAUCCUGCUCUUUCUGAUGACCACGCACUAUUCUGACACUUUAGUUUCGGCUGUAACGAGGUCAGUCUUGGACCACACAUCUUGAGAAACUUUAAGUGGAACACCGAUUUCCAAGACAAAGCUUAAACAGACGAAAGGCACAAGAAAUGCAUUGGAUCUGCAUUAUAAGAAUUGAAUAGAAGCGUGGCUAAAAAAAAGAGAUUAGUUAGGCUUCACUUUCUUCGUUAAUAUUUUUUCAUGAAAGACGUUUACUUCAACGUGUGCUGGAAUAGUCACCAACUUCAAGUCUUUGUUUAUUAUAUUGCUAACCAGAAGAUACGUCCAGCUUCAUCACAAUGAAUUUUGGGGUCGAAGGGCUCACCAUAGUAAUAUUCUGUUCUUUCGCUUUCCAUCACUUAACGUCCAUGCUAUAGAAAUGUGCCGUGACAAAUUUCUCUAGUCAUAAGUCUAACUUUGUGGCAUUACAGUGUCGGAUGGUCGCCAUUUGUCGUGACUCCAAUAUAUAGAUGCUAAGUUUGUAUUCCAAGAUUCUCCUCUACGUAUACAACUUACAAUUUCUUUCAGUUCGACCAGAACAGGAGGUGAAGUUAUUUUAUUCUACCAAUAAUGUAACCAACUUUUGGUUAUUGGAAGAUUGUAGAAAACAGGGAGAUUUAAAGACCAGAUCUAUUUAUUUAUAGUGUGUCUUGUCAUAUUUCCAGAAGUAUAACAAUAUCUGUGGAAUGUGAAAUAUGCGACAUGAAAUACAACUAUUCUAAUGAGUGGCAGUUUUUUCAUAGUCAAAAUGUUGGUAUAAAUAUCAUGAAAGUUGAUCUGUGUUAUUUAUUAUAACAAUAAUUAUAUUUAAACAUUUUAAAUAUACCUUUGAAAAUGGUAGGUCAGCAAGCCAAAAUGGGUUUUGCCAUUAAUUUUAGAUGUGAGGAGAAAAUGUAGGGUUCGAUAUCUUUGUCCUAAAGUGUACCUCUGUGUGUGUGUGAUCCAUUUCUUCAGAAUUAAAGGGUCUAGAAUAUUCUAAAAAAUCCACAAUAAUUCAAUUUAUCGUCUCCAGUAAUAAAAUAUUAUGUCUUUGAAUUGAAAUAUGCAUCGAAUUUAUAUGUUAACAAUAUCGAAUUUAUAUGUUAACAAUAUUUAUUAUAGUUCCCCAUCGAGCUAAUAUAUCAAACCGAUUUACUUUAAGAAGGAAAACAAACAUAAAU